UGCGGUGGAGCAGUUCAUUUCUGUAAUGGCCGCCGUCUGGCGUUGUCGGUGAAUCGGUCUCAUUCAGCAUUCUCGCGAAACGAACUGCACAAAGUUAUCGUUAACAAAACUUUGGUGCACGAGAAUCCACGUGACGAGAAAGGUGUGGUGUUCGCUCGUGCAUUGUGUACGGUGGUGAAUCAGCGGUGAGUCCGCAACGGACGUUCCGUCGAGAAAAUUCAAAUCGGAUGUGCACUGUGUCCUCACUGUUUACUCGACUCAUCGACCGUACAGAGUGCGACAGAUCGAAGAAUCGUGUUCGUUAAUAAAAGAAAAUGCAAUCGCGAUCGCAGAAUGCGAUCGAAUUUUGGAGAUUGUUGUUGGAGAAUCGGGGAUAGCUUCGUCCGCAGACAGUAAACAAAAGUGACAGCGUGUGUAGUGGACGGGACACACGGUCAUGCCUCCCGUCUCGAACGAGCCUGACGACGGUAUUUGACGUGUGUUGUUCUUCGCGAGCCCGAAUUCUCACUCACGUGGUUCAAGGUCUUCUAAAAUCAUCCUAACGUCACGCUGCCAACGAGCCCCAGAGAGUUUCACGCCACUUUCGCGAUCGAAUGUCCCUCGACUGUUGUCAUUGACAGUAGUGCCACGCUUUUUCCCGGUUGAUCGCCUGUGUUCUUUUAUGUUCUGCAAGAACUUUGCUAGCGGGAUUGGGGAGAUAAUAACCGAACACGGGCAAAUAUUGGAUACGUCGUUUUCAUUUGCGCAGAUUUGUUCCAGGAAAGGCAAAAUCACCAGGGUGUUCGAGGGAGGAUCGAGAGAAGAGAGACGGAGAGAGAUGUGCCAAGUUUCGUCGUUGCGGAUGUUCCGUGUGCUUCCGAGGUUGAUCGACGCCAGCCGUUUGCCGCACUGCGUCCCCUGCUAGGACCAUGUCCUAGUCCGUCGUGAUCUCGAAACCGUGAUACCACUGCCAACCAUAAGUCUCUUGGAAACGCGACCUUGAGAUGCCGAGCUACCGUGUCGAGGUCGUAGCUCGUCGCCUCGCGAGUCUUCCGGAUCGAGCAUCGACGAUCUCGUUCGUUUGAACGAGAAACGGUCGAGUCACGUUACGUCGCGUCACGUUACGUCCAGCGAUAAGACUGAUCAAUUCGCGUGUAAUGCAGGACGAGGAGGCGACGACCCUCCGUCCCGGUUCAACCCGCUCAAUCUCCCGUUCGCAAUAACGGCGAAAAUGUUCGGCAAGGUGCCGCCGUCGAACACGCCAGGGCCACCUUGUAGCUGCGACUCGUCCAGCAAGUCCUGCGUCAGAUCAACUGGCGCCACCACGUGUUUGCCGUGUUUCUCGGUGGACGAAACGUCGGCCAUGCUGACGGAGGAGAAAUCGAAAGCUUGGAGAUCGAAGGACACCUGCGUCCACGUGGUCUCCGAGGCACCCUCCACGGGCUUGGAGGAGAAGCAGAAGAUGUGGAGGUCGAAGGAGAACGUGGUCUUCGAGGCGCCCUGCAUCAUCGAGGACAAGUCGAAGAGCAAGAGGACAAAGGAUGCCCCGUGUCCUCUGAACGAACUUUCCACUUUCGCGGAAGAUAAAUCAAGGUCGUCCUGGAGACUGAAGGAGAGCAGCACGGACGCGUCUCCCGCGGUCGAAGACAAGUCCAAGGCGAAGAGAUGCAAGGAAACGUGUUCCGCGACCGACUGCGUCGACGACAAGAAGUCCUGGAGGUCUAAGGAGAGCAUCGUGGAGAGCUCCGCCGAAGACAAGUCUAAGCCUCGCAGAGUCUCCAAGGACUCCGGUAUCGCGGAGUCCUGUUGCGGUUCGCAAACCGUUCAGACGAAUCUGACCCAGUCGUCGACCGUCGAGAUCAACGGCAGAUGUUGCAGAGCGGAAUCGAGCAUCGGUGCUAAGAACUCUUGUUCGAAGUACUCGAAGGAGGCUACCCAUGGACGAAACCACGCGGGUCCGACAACGAAGUCGAACUCGGUCGUUCACAAGUGCUCAUCUAACCCCAAUUGCCCCAGCUUCGCGAAAUCCCCGGGCUGUUCCGGUGCCAGCAAAUCGCAAAGAGUGCUUUGUUCCGCCAGUCUGAGCAGCCUGAACGUUGACCCUGGCUCCAGGGAGUCCUCGAAGAUCACCAAGAAGCUCUCUGGCCAGAGAGACUCGUUGACGGGCAAGGAGCAACACGUAACAGGUGGGAAGUGCAUUGCCAGGGAGACUCCUCGGCAGGCUGCUUGUUUGGCGGGAAAAUCUUCCAGCAGGUCUUCCGACGCGGUGUUUUCCGCUUCGAACGGCAAGAACAGAGCCGUUUCGGAGUCGAGCGACGAACCCGACUCCUCGAUGGACUUCUCUGUGAUCUCCGUGAUUCAAUCGACUGCGAACGAGUCUUGUUCCAAGUCGUCCGUGAAGUCUUACGGCGAUAAGGACACGGUGGACUCGGCCACCGGUGGUAGCUGCAGAGAUUUUACCACGUCCACGCCGGCUAAGGACUGGAUGAAGAACAGUGGCGACGCGUUGCAGCAGAAUUGCGUUUCCUGUCUGCCGCAACAUCUACCGACCGAGUUACAGUUGUCUUCGCCGAAGAGCUACAGGGAACGAGAAAAGUGCCGUGAUCCGUGGAGACCCACCGAAAUGGAAAGCAAUAUUUGCAACCUGAACCCGUGUCCCAGUGAUACGUAUCAGGAUACCGGUACCAAAAGGAGGACAGGUGCUUCCUGCCAGGCGUUGAGGCAUGCCGUUGCGUCGUUGAAUCGAUUGGAUGACUUUUAUAUGGAGAAGAUUGGUGCUGGAUUCUUUUCGGAAGUCUUUAAGGUUACUCACAAAGUGACGAGUCAGGUAAUGGUUCUGAAGAUGAACCAGCUGCCUGCGAAUAGGCCGAACAUGCUGAAAGAAGUUCAGUUGAUGAAUAAGCUCAGCCAUCCAAACAUUCUGAGGUUCAUGGGCGUAUGCGUGCACGAGGGUCAGCUGCACGCGUUAACAGAAUACAUAAACGGCGGUAGUCUGGAACAGCUGAUCAUGUCGAGGCAUACGCCGCUUCCACAUCUAAUUAGGAUGAACCUAGCCAGGGAUGUGUCACGAGGGAUGACGUAUCUUCACAGUCGAGGUCUGUUUCAUCGCGAUCUCACCUCGAAGAACGUACUGAUCAAGAAGGACGAGAACACUUCCGAGUUGACUGCGGUGGUGGGCGAUUUUGGAUUAGCAGCUAAGAUUCCCGAUCCCAGUUCGGGAUACAGGCUGAGCACGGUAGGCAGUCCCUAUUGGAUGUCACCGGAAUGCCUGAAGGGUCAAUGGUACGAUCACAGGUCGGACGUUUUCUCGUUCGGCAUCGUGGUUUGCGAGCUGAUCGGCCGCGUGCCGGCCGAUCCGGACGUUCUGCCACGGUCAGAUAACUUUGGCCUCGAUUACCUGGCCGUGGCAGAGAUCUGCGCGGCAGCUGAUCCACCACCAGCCUUCCUGCAGCUUGCCUUCAAUUGUUGCACGUACGAGCCAAAGUCGAGGCCAACCUUCCCGGAGAUCACCGCGAACCUGGACAGCAUGAUCAGCAAUUACGAGGAGGAAUCGAAGACGAGUAUCUGUAAACGUCAGUCCGUGGACCCGAGCCUGAUGUCCAGCAUGGACGAGAUCACCCGGGAGGGACGUUCCAUGAAACGUAAGACCGCUCGUCUCAGGAGUCAAUCGGCGGACGCGAGAGGUUGCGAUAACGCGACGCCGUCGGACAAGGCGAGAUGUCAUUCAGCGAGGAGGGUAGCGGAACUGGCGAGCAGAAGAGACCCGCAUUACAGGCCAAUGACGGCGAAUCCGUUCCACGCGUUGGGUGGCGUGAAGAAGAUCCUCGGUGACUUGUUCUCCAGCUGCUUGGAGCUACCGUCGCUGGAAGACGUCAGACCAAGUGUCACCGAUGCUAUCGCCAAGUUCAAACCUGCCCAGAACGACAGUAUCGCCAAGAUCUUGGACAGGAAGAAACCGAGCUCUGAGCCGAGCAGUCCAACUGCCAGGAAGAAGUGGGAGAGAAAGGUGGCUACGAAGGUAGGCGCAGCCAGCUUGUUUACUCAUCCGCUGUUCCGCGACGGUUGGGAGCCCAGAAGGCGCGGAAGCUGCGAGUCAGGGUUCUUCAGUUGCCUCGGCGAGGAUCUCAGUCCAGAGCCUCCGAAUCGCCGACACACGUCGACCCUGAGUAGUUCGGCAGCCAGUAGCCUGUUCCUGUUGGACGAUCACAGGACCAGCUCCAUAUACACCGACUCGUCCGAGGAUAUAGCCAGUUUAGGUGGCGGCGACUCCUGCUGGGAGGACAGGUUAAGCGGCAUAGGGUCUUCCAGUAAAACCAUCUCAAAGAUCGUCGAAUACUUCGAGAGGAAGCAAGCUGGCAGCUUGCGAUUCGCUGAUCACGAUGCCGGUUCCACUAGGUUAACGUUGUUGAAAGCGAGCUUAGAGGGGCCUGUUCCUCUGUGUAGCAUCUCAGCCGCGCAGAGGUUAGUCGUUUGCGAGGGUGCCGUCAGGAGCAAAUUACCCCUGUUCGACAAAAAGUGAUAUACGGUCACUUGGGCGUCGUAGAAUUCGUUCCUCUAGAAUUUCUUUGAUUUUGUUGAUCGCGUACAGGGUGUUUCAAAGUUUCAGCUUACCUCAACAAGAAUUUCGUUACGACAUAUCAUUCAACUAUUAUUUAUCGAUUAAUGUGAUUUUGUUUAAUUAAACCCGCCGUGGUCAUUUUAUAGACAGAACACAGGAUGUUUAAGUUAAAAGACUUUGAAAAAGAGUGGAGCGGGUUAUAUUUAUUUUUAAAUUUAAAUUGCAUUUAAAAGGAGUUAAAAAUUGUCGAGGUUCGGUAGAGUCAAAUUGCUAUUGCAAAUUUGAUUAACUUUGGAACACCUUGUGUGUAUGGUUCGCGUGGAGGCGCCUACAGGAAGAACCGCUUCAAGUCGUUCCAUGGGAAAACAAAGCUAAUACGGAUACUGUACUAGAAUCCUACAGUCGAAAAUCUUUAUUCAGCUGCGUCGAACGAUUCCGUCGCGUGCGGAAGAACUAAAAGUAUCGAAUAGUGACAAUACUUUCAUCGGAUUUGAGAAUCGGAAGAAAGCAGCUUCAAUGUUCGGUGAAAGUAUAGCCAAGUACGAAUUCAGCGGACGCUUCUCUAAAAUCUAGUAACCCGACUGUGAUGUUUUUUGAUAAUCUACAUACAUUAUUGAUCCAAUAGGACUACGCUCGUCGAAGCUGUCAGCGUGACAGGAGUUCUUUUGUGCGCGACGAUCGUUCGUUUUUUUAACGCUACGUUACUGCACCGUAUUUAAAAACCAUGUACCCGAUGCGACGGGAAGCCCAAUAAAUUGUACAAGAUCCUUUCUUUAUAGAUAUUUCAGAUACGUUAAUAGUAUUUCGCGAACAGGAUGGAAAGUUUCUUGGAUUAGUUCAGGAUACUUGUCAAAUUUUCCUACGCCGAUGUAUUUUUCUCUGAUUUAACCCUUUCGAUGCAGAAAGCGUAGUAGACACGAUCAAUACGCUGUUCAAUAAUUUGACUAUUAUAGUAAUCAUUCAAAAGUUCGAAUCAGUACGAUGUACAAAAGAUGUAGUAACCAUUCGUAAAGAUUAUUACCUUGUACGAAAGGUUGCUGUACUUUAUGAAAAUUAUUGCUUCGCAUGGAAGACUAUAGUAAUCAUCCGUCCAGGUGAUUACUAUUGUUCCGCGUUAAAGGCUACGAAGACAGUGCAGGAAGUUACUGUGGUAAUCGUUCGUGAAGACUGUUGCUGCGUAUGAACGAUUACUAUAGUAAUUAUUAUUCAAGAAUGUCAGCGUAUGAAAGUACAGUAAGUCUAUAGUAACCAUCCAUCGCGAUUAUCACUCGAUGAAUCGUGCUUGAAGAUCACUUGUUAAAUGCUAUAUAUAGUUAUAGUCUUACACUAUGCAUGGAAGGCUACUAUAGUAUUCACGCGUAUAGAGCAUCCGUACAAAUUACCAUUAUAGUAAUAUUUGAUAUAACCGCUCAAGAAAGAUUUUUAGACUAUCGCUAUGUACUAAAGAAUACUACAGUAGAGUGCUUGGAGGCCAUCGUUGCAUAUGAGAAGUACAAUGAGGCUAUCGCCAGACAUGGAUGGCUACUGUAAUAAGCAAGACUUGCAGAGACUCAAAAACUAUCGUUAACUAACCUUAUUCUAGAACUAAUUCGUUGAAAUUUCAUAACCGUUUAAUCAAACUUUUGAUGCCAUUCUCAAGAAAUGACUUCGCUGCAGCGAAAGGGUUAAAAGAGAAGAACGUUAGAAAGAGAUAGACAGAAGCAAUAAAACACGUUUAAUUUCGUGAGACUGCGGCAAACGAAUGCCAGUAGAAAACGCUGCUCGUGUUCUUACCUUUUUGCAGUGCCUCGCAGUUCCUAGUUAGCCACCUCCGUCCUUAUCCACGUCAACCGACAUUUUACCGAUCAUUGUGACGACGAUAGACAUCGAGACACGAUUUCGGUCACGUUGCGAAACGGUUUUUAGUACGUUGCAUCCCUGAAUCCGUCUUCUUUUAUUCGGUUCGUCCUUAGACGCGUUCAUUUGCGCGCUGAUAUCGGAGACGCGUUGCUCUUUGAGACGAGUACGUGGAAAUACAAGUACGAGAGAAAACGGCACCUCUUUCGUUCAAUUUUGCGACCAAAAGGAUAAUUUAUUCAUACGUUUUCUGCCCUGUUUUGAUCGUUAACACAUAGACUGCCAUAACGUUUCGAGUUAGAGGAAUUUUACCUUUCAAGAUUGUCCCUCGACGAGAGCGAAGAACUUUCAAAUAUUAAGUUCUUCGAACUUAAUUUAGCGAAAUUGAAACUUUCAAAUAUUAUUCUAUAAUUGCACUGUUAAUUCGAGAUACCAAUUUGACAAGUUAGAAAUUCAUUUUUAAAAUUCUUCAACUAUAUACAAUGUAUCGUAUUAGACAUUUCUGCUACGUUAAAAACAGUUGCUUUAUGUAGUACAUAAUGCUACACGUUUUUGAAAUAAUGAUCAUUUUUGCGAUCUUAUGAAUAUUGUAAGGUAUAUAUAACAAGCAAAAAUUAUUACUAAUAACGUGAUGUGUAUUGAAAUUCGGUCGGCAGGGAACGUGUUGAAGUUUUUCACGGUUUUAAGAAUAUGUUUUAAAAUCAUAUCGUUGGAAAGACUGGAUCGUUAGGCUCUCGAUGUAAUCUGUACCUUAUAAUUGUACGAUUAUGCUCGAGCGAUAUUGCCGUCUUCUUUUGUAUAACAUCGUGUACGUUCGCGAAAUAUGUACAGGGGCGUCAAAAUUUGUGGCUCAAGCGAAACCUCGUGCGGACGUAACGUCCUUAAAUUGUGAGCUUAUGUUAGGAGAUGUAACAGAGUGUAUAGGUUAGGUUAUUUCUGGGGUUCCUGAGAAUUUUUUACAUUUCUAAAUUACUAUUCUUAGAUUUCCAGAUUCUUAAGUUCCUAACUUUCUAAAUUUUUAGAUUGUUAAGUUCUUAGGUUAUCAAUUUUCAGAUCUCCUAAUUUUCAAACCUUUGAAUUCACAAUUCUCAGAAAUUUUAGAUUACUAAGUUCACAGGCUCUCAAAUGUACUGACCCCUAAAUUCCUACAUCCCCAAAUUCCAAGACAACCCAUCUCAGACCCCCAAAUUACUACCCCUAAGUACUUUCUAGAUUCUCAUACUGCGUUGCGAAUUCACCUUGUAAUUAUAAAUAAUGUACUCAGGUUCCUUGAGAAGCCUAACGUUGCACUCGAGUGCAUCCCUUAAUCGAAAUUGUUCCUCUAAAAACUUCCUAAAUGAACGAACCGUUGUUAGUACUUGCGUUCUCGUACGAGAUUUUCUUUGACCCACAAAUUUCGUGUCCCGCGUAAACAGAGAAUUCAUCAGGGCCUAUGCUGUGCUUAUACGAGGUUUUUAAUUACACUUCCGAUCGAAGGAUACUUCCCCAGCGUGUAACGUGGUCACGCGUGUCGUAGAUUAGUGCUCAGGAUACGAAAGGAGACACAUAGUAUAUUUUGUUGACCAGAGAGAUAACCGUGUCCUGAAUAUUUUUGUUGAUAUAGAAACACAGGGACGAUGGUCUCGGAUUUUUCGAAGAGAGAAUGAGAGAAAGGAAGAGAGAGAGAGAGUAAAUGAAACUGAUCUAGUCAGUGUAUUAUCGUGGCGGCCUUAUCUUUUGUAUGUCGUAGCGCUAAUAACUUAAGUGUUCCAAGGAAAGUGAACAAAGCGUGAGAAACGUGAAGAUAGACAUGGUCGUUGGAGAAUACAAAACGAUUGCGAACCUGAGCGAAACAAAUGUUUCACGGACGCGUUUGUAAUGUUCGUUAAAAGAAACGGAACUCAAAAUGUACAUGAUUAUCUAUAGAAUGAGCGAAUGUUCGUAUGAGUGUGUACCGAGGCGUGCUGAGAGAAAAGUAGCGUAUGUUCUUUGACUGCUUCCUCGAGUUUGUUUCUCAAGGGUGCAAAACACGAUACAAAUGGGCACAGGGUGAUUUUUCCUUAAGAAAUAAAUCGAAGUUGUACAAUAAAUUUUAUACCAUGUA